GCACAGUAAACAUAACCUAUUUGUCACAUUGACAUCAACAAAAUACCCCAAAAAAUACUCUUAAAAUUUUGUAUAUUUAGUACGAUUUAUUAUUUCCAUAAUAUGUGAUAAUUGUUAUAUUUUACAAUAACCAAAAAUAACUGAUAAAGAGAGAAGAAUUAAGAAGAUAAAACACCUUAAAACGAUGGCACUACUGAAAAAUAUUACACAUUGUAUGCGAAUAGAGACCAAAAUUCUUGUAAACGGAUUUAAAACAUCUUCUGUGCCGUGCAUUGAUCAAAAAUGGAGAAAACAGAGAGGAUUAACAUUAAAUCCGAAUAGAUUUGGUCCACUGACAAAUUUACCCGAUUAUUCCUUCAAGGAUGGAAGGACAGUUCCUUUAGGUGUCAAUCAGUCGAAAAGAUUAAAUAAAAAUCGCGAAUACGCUGAAAAAAUUGUAAAAUUAGUUGGAGAAGUGGAUUACGCUGUUGAGCGAUACUACAGAUUAAUAGAAGAAAAGAAACAAGAGAGGGACGAAAUUUUACGCAAUAAAUUGAAACCAAAGGGACAAUUAUUGUUAAAUAAAAAUGAUUCCUAGUUUGUCGUUUUAAUUUCUAUUGUUAGUUUAGAAAAUAAAUUUUAUAAAUUGCAAAUUUA